CAGCCGCCACCCCGGCCGCACAGCACCUGCUGUCCCUCAGCUGCAGCCGCUGGCCUUGCUCCUGCCGGGCGCCCUGCCCCCUGCAGCCCGCCUGUCAGGAGGCUGAUGGCCGGGCACAUGUGCGCCGCAGCUGUGGGGGCCCAUCAACACCGGGCCUGGCCGUGGGGCCGGCAGCCUGUCCCCAGUGACAACCAAAGAAGGCAAACGCGGCCAGCGCUGUGGGCCCUGGGCCACCCGUGAGGCGCGGCCCCGUCCCGCCAGCCCUUCGUCUGACCAGGCCACCCUGGGGCAAGGCCUGGGAGGGCGCUGAGGGUGCCAGGCUGGGACGCUGAGGACACCGGGCCUGUUCUGACAGUCCAAAGCCCUUCCGCUCUGGGCUUCGAAGAGGCAUCGCGGUGGAACAGAAAGGAAGCAGAAGAGAAAACCGGUGGAGGGGGGGGCGGCUGCAAGUGCCUACAGGUCCGGGAUGGAGCGCGCCCCACGGGGGCCCGGCAAGCAGGCCCGGGCCGCCCCCUUGGAGACGCGCAGGCUCACGGCGACGACAGCCUCGGCUCUGGCCAUUCCCGGGGAACCCCGUGAGGGAAACGCUGCCGCCAGCCCCACGUACGGGCACAGAGAGGUGCAGGAAGCCGCCAGGAGCACAAGCAAAUGAACAUAUAACAGCACCAGCUGCCCCCGAGAGGCUCAGAGGCUCAGAGCCUGAUGGGCAGCAGGGCCCAAACGCGAGCCUCUCCAUUGGCGUCUCAGGCCCCCUGGGCCCCGCAGUCACCUGGGAGACUAGAAAAUUCUGAAGCCAAUCCAGCAUUGCCCAGGAAGACCACAUGGACUGACCGGACGUGGAAGGCGGGUGCCUAGGGUUUGAGCUCGGGGGGGUUCAUUGACCUGAGUCGGGGGGACGCCCUGCGUGCCCCGACUUGGGCAGGUGAGCGCGAGGCCCAUCUUCCGAGCUCCAUGGGCUCUUGGACGCGGAGCUCCAGAAGGAGGAAAUGGGGCCUGGCCACAGCACCCCUGUGCCUCCAGCAGUGGCACACCCGGCAUCCAUGGCAGCCCCAGGACCACAAGCACCGCAGGUACCUUUCCCCAAAUGCAAAGUGGAGAACCUGCAUCAGAGGAACAAGGGGGAGACGGAAGAGGCACACCUGGGGUCUGCGCCCGGCAGGGGUCCCACCAGCUCUCCCGGAGCCCCGCGCAGUGCCCCGGCCAGAACAGCAGCCCUCGUCCCGGUGGCAGGCAAGGGACAUCUCUGGGCUGCGGGGUCCCUUACCCAUGGUCCUGUUCAGAGGUGGGCAGCUGGGAGGUGAGGGGCCCAGCCAGCGCCUCAUGACCCGCCUGCAACCCCAGAGGCAGUGGCUGCCCUGCUGCAUCUUACGGACGGGAAACCUAGGCAGAGGGACCAGGUGACCCGGCCGGCUCCCAGGAAGGAGGAGGUGCGCCUUACCGGCGCCCCCCGCCCCCUGCCAUCUGCGAGGCCUGCCGCUAGAGCCCCGCCCCAUUCACCCUUCUAACUGUCGGGGUCCCAGAUCCCCGAGGGUGGGGCGCUGGCCGGAGCAGUGGUGGUGCUGUCCUGACGUCCAGCUGAGGUGCAGGAGCCCGUCCACCAGGGCCAGCGAGCCAGAGGACGAGAGGGCGGCCCCUCGGAGCUGGACUCCCUCCAGCCGCUGUCACAGCCCCUCCCGCAGCCCUGGGCUCCCAGCCCUCGAGAACAUUCCCAGAGUCUGGCGGCGCUCCCCAGGGGAGCCCCUGCGUCUUUCCCAGACAGUGUGUCCACUUCCCGGUAAAUGCCACUGAUCCACCCCCAGGGAAGCAGCUCUCAGCGGCGGGGUGGAGCCGGUGGGAAAGAACACGGCAUCAGCCGCAACAGGCCACCCCAUCCAUCACUGUCCCAGCCCGCCUGCCCGGCUGAGAAGGGGACACAGCCCAGCGCUCCCAGCCCUGGGGUUCUAGAACCCUCCACCGGGGAAGGGUCUGUUGGCCUCAGCCCCAUCCAGGCCCCAGCGUUGACCUCCUGUGGUCUGACUUUGGCCAUUAUCUCCUGUGACCCUGCUGUAAAAGGCACGGGAGGAGGAAGGUCGGCGGGUACUGACGAUGACACAGCCACGGGAACAGAGUCCUGACACAGAAUCCUGUUCCAUGGGCCCCACGAGCCUGGAGGGGAGGAGAUGGGCACAGGGCCCGGGAGACCACGCUCUCGUGGGUCUUGGGACCCCCGCCCUCGUGGAGCCUGGCACGGGGCGGAUGCUGCACACCCAGGCCCGUUCGCGGCACUGACCCGCAGGGGGCCUCAGCCCCCACAUGUGUGGAGAAGGGACGAGGAGGGAGCCCUGCCCGGGCCGGGCUGUGGGCCGGUGUCCCGAAGCCGCUGCCGAGGUGGAUGGGACGCUGGCCUUCCUGGGAGCUGAGGGGAGAGCCAGGCCCCCAGGCCAUGUUCCCUGAGACGGGCACUGGGGCAUCCCGGGCCCCUGGCCAGCAUCCCGAGGGUGCUGCAGGGUCCUGCGUGACUGGCCUGUCCCCUCUCCGCCCUCGUCUCCACACUCUCCACGUCUUUGCCCAAAUGCAACCAUUUUUCUCAGCAAAACUGAGUGCCCAGGGUGGUCCAGGGGCAGCAGGCGCUCUACAAACUGCCGUGGAGUUGCAACCUCAGGGCCGGAGAGAGUCCACGGACAGAAGGACGCACGGACAGAAGGACAGUCGCAGCCUCCCCGCCCCGCAGGCUCCCUCGGCAGAUGCGAGUCCCGACCCCCCGGCCAGGUCGGGGUCCUGUCCCCCCGGGUGUCCUCCGGAGCCCCACGCUCCAUCCACAAGGUCUGAGGGCGGGGCAGCAGCUGCCUGGUGUCCGGUGUCCCAGCUCAGCUGCCCGCCGUGGCAGAGCCUGAGGUGUCCCUGGCACCUCCCGGGCACACUCUGUCCCUCUCAGGCCAGACUCUUCCGGGAGGAAAGCAGCACGCUGUCCCCGCUGCCACCCCGCCCGGAACAGCGCGAAUCUGCACGCAGAGACCCCUCUGCCCAGGCCCAGGGCUUCCAGGACCCUGUGAUCCCGCCUUCAUCUCACGCCAGCCCCGAGGAAGAUGCCGCUGUACCCCCCGUUCCAGAUGGGGACACCGAGACCCGGUCACAGCGAGCGAGGCGCCAGGGUGCACCGUGGCUGCCUAUCUCCUUCCCGUCAGGUCCAAGCCCGCGGGUGGCGUUCCACGCCUGCACGCCCCCCCCAUGCUGCCCCACAGCCUCAUCCCCACGUCCUCCAGGGCCCCGCCGGCCCCUGGGUACCAAGCACUUCCCAGGCUCGUCCCCCGCACGCAGAGUCCCAGGUCAGGGGCCUCAGGGCCCGCUGAAGAGAUGAGGAAACCGAGGAGCCGGAGGCUGGGGGCUCACCCAGGACCGCAGCUCAGCAGGGCCGACUCCCACGCCCGUGUCCCCGCCAGGACCCCUCCUCCAUACGACCCCCACCCCGGAGCCCCAAAGCCCCUUCCAACUACAAACCGCCUGAUGGCCCCACCCCACGCCCGGUACCGAACUCCUGUAGGACACAGGGGCGUGGGUUAUACAGGGACGUGUCCCCUGAGCAGUGACAGCCGGUGGAGGUGGAGCAAGGGCCCCUGGCUCACGAGCAGCCCUCCUGAGUGUGGGGCGCCCAUGGUCCCUCAGUGUCCACAUGGCCCCAGGCAGUUUUCCGGCCUUCCAACCAUUGGGCAUGAGGCCCACAGGCGGCGCGGAGAUGCAGGAAGUCCCUUCCCGAAGGCCAGCCUGGCCCCCCGCUGGCUCAGCCCCAAGCAUCCCCUGGUGAGAGAGUCACCUCCUUCGAGGCCACUGACCGCUGUCUACUGGCUGCUGUGGGGCCUGGGCAAGGUGGGACAGGUGCCCCGCCAGCUCACGGAGGGGGCACCUGAGCCUGCACCCCCCCCCCUGCUGGGGAGCUUCCGGCCCAAGGGUGCCCUGCCCUGCCCUCCCCU